GCGUCUAAGCCACUCGCUCUGGACAUUUGAAGGUGACCUUUUCACGUUUGUUUUCCUUCCCCCCUCGUGCGGUUUCCAACAAAAACUGGGGGCUUGCUCACUGGAAAAUACGAUAUUUCAAGAUAGUGUUUAAAGGUGGAAUAACAAAUGGUCGUUCGACUUCCCUCGCCACUUCGCGAAAAGCCAACGUUUAGCGCGAUGGAUCUAGAGCCCAUCAACGGGUCCGUUGAGGAAGGAAUACAUCGACCGAAGGGAGCCAAAGACGAUGAUGACUCUCAAGAAAAUGUCAAAAUUGAGGAGACGGUUGGAAAGUACCCGGCGCCCGUUACACCCAAUCGGUGGAAGGGCGUAAAUCAGAUUAUAGUACAUGCACUUCGAGGCGGGAUGCGAUCGUUUCUGUUGGCGUAUGCGAUGAGAGGAGGAGUUUCAUUUUUGAUUCGGUUGGUGAGAGUGUUGAAGGGAAGACUUUCCCUGUUGGCUGCUCUGCGUGCCUUCUUCUCUGGCGAAUCCCGUCGAUUUGCUCUCAUGAUUGGUUCCUUUUCCUUUUCCUGGAAACUUAUCAAUAACCUCCUGUUCCACUUUCGCGGACGGCAGUCCAAACUCAACGGCUUCAUCGCUGGAUCUAUAGCGGGCCUGUCCAUCUUGUUUGAAGAGAAAGAGACACGGAUGAGUAUUGCCCAGCAGUUUUUGGUGAGAAGUAUGCAGGCUGGAUAUAAUGCUCUGAAAGCGAGGGAUGUGGUGCACUUUCCAUAUGGCGACACGGCAUUGUUCAUGGUGGCUUGUGGGAGUAUUCUGUACGCAUAUAUUAUGCAACCUGGAACGAUCCCAAAAGAAUAUUACUCGUGGAUGAUCAAGACAGCUCGCAUGCCCGUACCCAUGCUUAACUUUAACCGAUCAAAUUACCGAGCGUGGGAGCAAUCAGCAGUCAAACCGCUGGUCGAUACCAAGCUGGUCACUGACAUCAUCACCCACAAUCGUGAAGGAUACCAUCCAUCCGCUGUACCGAGAGCACUAGAAUAUAUUUCCCGAAACAAUGGCACGAUGCCCAUCGUUCCCUGUAGUGUCCUUCACCCAACGGACCCCAGCUGCAUUACCUACAAUUCAAAGCUUCUGGGAAGAGUUAUGAUUGGGAUUGCUCCCGUAUAUGCUGCACUGAAUUUUGUCCCGAUGGUGCUAUUGAAGACUGGUAAAUUUGUCAAAAAUCCUGGACACCUGACGACCCGCGGUAUACUUUCCACCUUCCGUUCCUCCCUCUUUCUUGGAGUCUUUGUUUUCAUCUACAUGUCUGGGAUCUGUACCCAACGAAACAUCGCCACCUCGCGUCUUGGCUCUCUGAUUCCUUAUCUAAGCCGCGAUCAUAAGCUCGUCUACUAUCUCCUUGGCCUCCUCUGCUCCACCUCCAUUCUCAUUGAACACAAGUCCCGUCGAAGCGAAUUGGCCAUGUACGUCCUCCCAAAAGGACUACAGAGCUUGUGGAUGGUAUUGCAUCAGCGAGGACGGAUGUUUAGAGUGCCCAAUUUUGAAAUUUAUAUGUCAAGCGUGGCGAUGGGAAUUUUGAUGUCGGUUUACCAAACUGAACCGCAGAGAAUGAGCUCACUCUUAUUCAAAGUGAUGGAAAAAAUUAUUGGCAGAAACUGAGCAUUUUGUAUAUUAUUUUUUUGUAGUAUGUUUUUACAUAUCAUAUAUGAUUUUAUCAUGAAAUAGACUGUUCUUCUAUUGUUACA